CCCCGCUUCCCUCACACUCGUUACCAAACAGCAAACAUGUUCUCCUUCAGCACCAUCACUGUCUUCGCUACCGUCGCGCUCAGCGCCUUCACCUCCGCGCUCCCCCUUGCGGCCCGCGACCUGCCCCUCGUUGGCAGCCUUCCCAUCGACGGCCUCACUGGGGCUCUCCCCGUUGACGGCGUCGUCGACAGCCUCCCCGUCGGCGGUGUUGUUAACACCGUCACCGACCUCCUUCCCCGCGCCGAUGCCACCGCCAGCGUUGCUGUGAUCCUGACAAACGCGCAGGCCCAGCUCGCGCCGUUCACCCAGCAGCUCAAGUUCGCGACUGCCCAGAACGCCACCGUUGAGGCGCUCACUGAGCCCGUCAACCAGAUCAAGGCCAUCCUCACCACCACCACGAACAGCUUGAAGGCUCUUUCGGGUCUGCCCGUCGCCACUCUUCUCGCGGAUGUUGAGGGUACCGCCGCGGUCACCGCUGCGUCGCUCGCCACCAUCCUCGCCGCUGUCCUGACUCUUGUCGGUGAGGCGGUCGCUGCGGUCCUUGCCGUCGUCAGCGGUGACGUUGCUCCUGCCGUUACCACUUUGGUUGCUGAGCUCCUUACGCUCGUCGGCACCCUGCUCGCCGUCGUCCUCACUCUCGUUGAGGGCCUCCUCGCCGGUCUCGUCGCCGCGCUCCUGCCCCUCAUCGGCAGCCUCAUCCCCGUCGUCCUCAACCUCAACAUCGCGACCAUCAUCUCCCUCCUCGGCCUCUAAACGCCUGAGCUCUGGGCAGGUCCGUAGUUACCCCAUACGCUAGUCUAGCACUCGUCGCUUACCAGCUCGCUGUACCGUCCCUGCAGGUCGCAGCGCGCGGCGGCUAUACCCCCGCGCGAGCGCGCC